UCUCGUUUCCCUUUCGAGAGAUAGCGCUUCGCGAGAGCCAGCUGUACUUUCUCCCCAAGCCCCAGUUAAAGUAAGGACAGGGUACUUGAUCUCCCGUGGCCCCCCUGGCGCUGCUCAUAACCAUUGCGCUGCCCACCUUUCGGCAUUGGCUUGCCCUCCCUUCAUACUCUCAUUAAGACUCGUUGUUCUUGUUGGGAGCUGACAGGUGUUCUUAUACCAUUUCACCGAAGCUCUCCACGGUAGCUUCAGCCCACCACCUAGUCGAAACCGCUAUUCCUGGGAGCCGCCCGCCGCCAUGGCGAAUCGCACGGCCUCAAAUCAGUACCUGGGCGAGAAGCCGCAAUCGCGCCGCUCAGGCAAAUCUCCGUCGCGCUCUCCAGCACGCUCUCCCGCACGAUCGCCCACGUCAAAUGGACAGAAGCAACAGCAGAAGACGCAGGCAGUCCUGGGCUACCAGUCUGAGGGUGUGAAGGACCAUGACAUCUUCAAUCUGCCGGGCUCCGAUUGGCAGCUCCUGACUCUCCUGACUGUCGUUGCGGGUGUGGUGCGUCUGUUCAGGAUCGCCCAGCCUAGCAGCGUUGUCUUCGAUGAAGUCCACUUUGGUGGAUUUGCGACCAAGUACAUCAAAGGCAAAUUCUUCAUGGACGUUCACCCGCCUCUUGCGAAGAUGCUCAUUGCUCUUACGGGCUGGUUGGGUGGAUUCAACGGCGACUUCGACUUCAAGGACAUUGGCAAGGACUACCUGGAGCCCGGUGUACCAUACGUUACGAUGCGUCUGUUCCCGGCUAUUUGCGGUGUCUUGACUAUUCCCACCAUGUUCCUGACUCUCAAGGCUGCUGGCUGCCGUACCACCACGGCCGCCCUGGGAGCAGGCCUCGUCAUCUUUGACAAUGCCCUUACCACCCAGUCUCGUCUGAUUCUCCUCGAUUCGCCUCUCAUCAUCUUCACUGCGUUCACCGCACUCGCCUGGACAGCCUUCACAAACCAGCACGAACAGGGCCCAAAGAAGGCCUUCCAGCCCACAUGGUGGUUCUGGUUGGCAGCCACUGGUCUCGGUCUCGGAGCUACAGCCAGUGUAAAAUGGGUUGGACUCUUCACAAUUGCUUGGGUUGGCAGCUUGACGCUUCUGCAGCUCUGGGUUCUGCUCGGAGACACAAGGACAGUCACACCUCGCCUGUGGUUCAAGCACUUCUUUGCCCGUCUGUUCUGUCUGGUCGUCAUCCCCAUCUCGUUCUACAUGGCCAUGUUUGCGAUCCACUUUGUCUGCCUGGUCAACCCUGGUGACGGUGAUGGCUUCAUGUCGUCAGAGUUCCAGGCUACUCUUAACUCCAAGGGUAUGCAAGAUGUGCCGGCUGACGUCGCCUUCGGAAGCCGAGUCUCGCUCCGUCACUGGAACACACAGGGUGGUUACCUCCAUUCUCACAGCCACAUGUAUCCCACUGGAAGCAAGCAGCAACAGAUCACUCUUUACCCCCACAAGGAUGAGAACAACGUCUGGAUCAUGGAGAACCAGACCCUGCCGAUCAUGCCGGAAGACUACAAUGGCCCUAACCUGACAAGCCCGAAGGCGUGGGAUGAUUUUGGUCCCAUCAACAUUGAGGAUGGUGCUGUGAUCAGGCUCUACCACAUCACCACCGAUCGCCGUCUCCACUCUCACGAUGUCCGAGCCCCUGUCACCGAGGCUGAUUGGCAAAACGAAGUCUCCGCCUACGGUUACGAGGGAUUUGAGGGAGACGCGAACGAUUUGUUCCGCGUUGAGAUCGUCAAGAAGCAGUCAGACGGAGAAGUUGCGAAGAAGCGUCUCCGAACCAUUCAGUCCAAGUUCAGACUUGUCCACGUGAUGACCGGCUGCGUCUUGUUCUCGCAUAAAGUAAAGCUUCCUGAAUGGGGCUUCGAGCAGCAGGAAGUUUCAUGUGCGCGCGGAGGCACCCUGCCGAACAGCAUCUGGUAUAUUGAAGGCAACGUGCAUCCAAAAAUGGGCGACGACACCGAACGUGUCAAUUAUCGCAACCCCGGAUUCUUCGGCAAGUUUUGGGAGCUGCAGAAGGUGAUGUGGAAGACCAACGCUGGGCUUACCGAGUCGCAUGCCUGGGACUCCCGCCCACCUUCAUGGCCUACCCUUCAGCGUGGAAUCAAUUUCUGGGGAAAAAACAAUCGCCAGAUUUACCUUGUGGGCAAUGUUUUCAUUUGGUGGACCUCGUCCGCUCUGAUUCUCCUUUACGUCGCCAUCAAGGGUCUUGCUGUUCUCCGCUGGCAGCGUGGUUUCCGUGACUACAACAAUGUCACCUUCAAGCGCUUCGACUACGAAGUGGGUAUGUCUAUCCUGGGAUGGGCCUUCCACUACUUCCCCUUUUACCUCAUGGCGCGUCAGCUUUUCUUGCAUCACUACCUACCAGCGCUCUACUUCGCCAUCAUGGCUUUCUGCCAGAUCUUCGACUUUGUGAGCUUCCGUUUCGACGUUUUCCGCAUCAAGAGGACCCCCGCCAUUGGCCAAGCAGCAGCUGUUGGUAUUCUGGCCAUUGCUAUCACGGUCUUCACCAUCUACGCCCCCCUUGCGUAUGGUAACGCAUGGACCAAGAGCCAAUGCAACAGUGUCAAGGUUUUCAAGACCUGGGACUGGGACUGCAAUAACUUCUUUGAUACGUAUGAGCAGUACGACAAGAUGCCUGCUGUCUCCUCAGUCGCUGCUGUGCCUUCAUCUGCGGCACCCGCACCCCCUGCCGCUGUGCCAAACCAGCAACAGCCAAUCGAGCAGGAGAAGAAGGCCGAGGGCGAGGCUGCUGUUUCACCCCCACCCGAGGGCGUACCUGUCCCCAAGGAUCUCCCUGUCGUUUCCAAAGAGGAACGCGUAGAGUACCGCGACGAGAACGGCCGCAUUCUCAACGAAGAGGAGGUCGCAGCCCUCGCCGACAAGGUCAGCUUCAAGACGCGCUACGAGACACGGACACGUGUCGUCGACGCCGAGGGCAACGAGAUCUACGAGGGUCUCGUCGAGUCCCACGAGCCUGCCGAGGAGCACGGCGUCGCCCCACCCCACCCCGACGUUGAGGGCCGCAACCCCGAGACCGAGGAGGCUGCCCCGGCUGAGGCCAGCGACGUGCCACCUACCGUCGAGGUCGUCGAGGACCAGAAGAAGGAGCAGAGUGUCGAGCGCGAGGCCGGCGAGGCCAAGCCUGCUAGUGAGCAGCAGGCGGCUACACAGGAGACGGUGUAGGUUUCUUAUGUAGUAGCGGAUUUCUUUUGAAAAUGACGAUAGAUUUACGGCGCACUACACUCGCUGGUGCUGUCUCUCUUUUGUGUGUAUGAUAUUUUAGCGUUGGCAUGGGCCGUGGGCGCGUGGGUUAGGAAUGGGCGGGCGAGGCGCGUGUACACUCUCCACAUCGAGUCUUUCAAUACUAUUGCAGAUAUCGUGAUCCUGUUCAGUUUGCGUGACACGUGCACGUUGGCGAAUU